UACAAAAAGAAAGAACGAAAGAAAAAACAGAACUGCUUCUGCAUGUCACUACACAUCAGUCAUGAUGACGCUAUUAGACGUUACUGCGUUUACCUGUGAAAACUGUGGCUCCGCCCACAUUACCUGAGGUUUUUCAGCUCUCCUCUCGUCCGGACUUACGUAGGAAGUAGACAAGUUACAUCUCGAAUAGUACGAGCUGAAUUUUGUAUAACGUUGCAUAAAGGUCUCCUCUCAGGGAAGGAUGACAUGAACCAUUCUUUAAGCUAAUUUGAUUUUCAUCGGGAUUAAAUUUACCAAGCUACGGUCGGCUAUGUCCUUAAAAGAACCAGGCAGCGUCUCUCUACAACUUCUACUUCUGACCGUCAUCGUCUCCGCCAUACCAGGGAUCCAGAAGUUGACAAUUACUCCUGACCAUGGCACCACCAUCAACAUAAGCAGCACUAAGGCCAAAGGUUGCAGUGUGUGCACAGGAUCAGGAAACUCUCAACAAUGUAGGACCUCCCUGUUGUUAAAAAAUAAUACUUCUGUGUUGUUGGAGUUUAAAUGCCCCAAACCUGAAGAUGUAUUCAGAGUGGAAGUUGUGCAAAAUAUUGAAUGCUCCACAAGCUUGUGUAGCAGCCACAUCAUCCAGGCUGACUUGGGCUCUCUUCCUUUACUAGAGUUUCCCCGCAGGUUCACCUGGAAUGUAAAAGCUUUUGGACCAAAAGCAUUCAAGUUAGACUUCACUGAGACGGGGCUGAAACAGAUUAAUCCAUCUGAAGACUGUCCAGAAAAACACACUUACAUUCUCCAGAUUUACACCACUAAAGGCAAUAUUGUUGUAGGGAAAUAUUGCAGAGUGGGUGACAUCAUUAAUGCUCAAAUCCUGAAUCAGGGCAGCUUUUCCCUAGAUGUUCCAGCAGGCCAGAAGCUGCAGCGUGGGCAGUUUCAUGUGUCUCCUGGGGAGGAAAUCAAGUCCCUUGCCAAAAUUUCACUAACAUUACCAAAGGGCACCUCAUCUUUAGAUUUGCUCUCACCAAACUACCCUGACAGUUUUCCUGACAACAACGUGAUGGAGUGGUACUUUAGGGUCCCAGAAAAUCACAAGGCAUCUGUCCAGUUUCUAAACCUCACCCAGCCGCAGUGUUUGAAGAAUACAGCAGUGGAGUACAAACUCAGUUCAACAAGAGGGAAAAGAACAUCUGUUUGGAACCUGAACAACGUCCUGCAGGAGCUGAAGGAAGGGAGUUUCUUUGUGUCACUGAGUAACUGUGAGAUGGACAGAAGACGUGCUCUUUCUCCAGGACUCUCUUUGAACCUCAGGGUUUCUUCAAGAUCAAAUCUACCAGUGACAUGUAAAGUAGAUCCCAGUGAAACAGAGGGGCUUGAUCUCUACAUACACAAUCUGAGACCAGACUCUGAAUGCGAGAUGAAAAUGAACUCCAAGACAAUGAGGAACAUCACAGUCACGUCAAACAGUCAACUGUCGUUCCAGGGCUGCAGCCCUGGUGAUGUACAAGUCACAGCCCGAAGGGUCAUAGUAUGCAGUCAUCUCAAAGACUGUCAGAAGGCCUUGUAUCUGCAGGUGCCUGUGCUGCCAUCCUGCAUCCCCGCCAGUCUGAGUAGUGUCACCUGGAUUCUCCGUCCCCCUCAGCAUGGCAGCGUACAGAUUACCUCUCCCACUGGGUACUUGAAACGGGACCUACCUGAACAGCCUUGCAAUGACAGCUUUAUUAUUGAAAUGGCUGAAGAAGAUGGCCAUCCCAUUGGACGUUUUUGCCCUCAGGGAGCCAUACAGAAGGUCCUCAUCCACACCAAUGUGUCUGUCACAUGGAGGGCCAGCAUGGGGAUAGAGGGACAAAAGUACGGGUUUGCUGCAGCUUUUGAAAAUAAGAUAUCAGAAAAAUACAUAUUCUAUGUAUCUCCACUGGGAGACACCCCUAUCUUUGUGGCCUCUCCUGGUUGGCCGGUUGGCAUGAAGGAUUACUCCACCAUCUCCUGGAUUGUCACAGUUCCUGAAAAAAAAGAGGCACUCCUAAAGUUUUUCAACCAGAGUCGACCCAAGUGCAGUGAACACCACGCCACUAUCGUGGUGCAGAGAAUUGGCAAGCAUGAGGAGGACUACAGCCGCAGGGAAGACGAAGAGGCAAAGAGUGAGAUCACUGUUCCCGAGAGCUUCUACUUCAAUAUGUCCAACUGUAAGCCUGAAAGAAGAGACUUCGGCAUUAUCAUUAAGAUCACUCUGCAGAAGAGAAAGAACUUUGUCUUCACAGUCAUCCUGAGUGUGGUGGCUGUCCUGCUGGCUGUUUUAGUCACAGUGCUGGUGGUGGUUUGCAUCGUGAUACGGAAGAAGAAAAAGGAGCUCAGUCAUCAAGUGUCCAUCUACAAUUCAGGUGACGCCAACUUCCUGCCUGGACAGAAUGGAUUGCCAAAUUCUGAACCAGACAGCGAGUCCCAUGUUUACGCAUCCAUUGAUGACACACUGGUCUACACACACCUGCUGAAAAAAGGGGCAGACAAGGGCAUCUAUGACGCAUACCAAUCUUUCAAAGGACACAAAGACUCACAAAGUCCAGUGGUCUCACAAGAAAGCUAUGAUGGCAACCAGGAGGUUAAUGAGCCGCAUCAGUUCUCAUCUCAAGGUCCUCCACUUCCCAGUAGGCCUCUAAGCCACAUCCAGCCACUGAUGGGCAACGAGAUUUACCCGUUAGACAACCAAAGUGAGGAGGAGGGCUCUCCUAAUCUGGGGCCAUGCUCAGAGGAAGGGGGAGGGAACUGAACAGAUAAUUGGAUUCAACUAUUUGAUUUUCUUCUGACCCACUUGAACUUUGUAUUUCCAUCCCCUGGCCUCUGUGUUUUUGCUUCAUCUUGGCCAAGGAGACAUAUUUUUUUGUUUUGUUUUACUUUUCAGCGGAGCUUUUGUGACAAAGUGAGGCAAACAAAAUAAGUGUGUUCAGACCCGCCUGUAGCUGUAACUGCUUCUUGUCCCAGAUUAUGGUGCUUUUGUUUUGAAAGCUAAAUAAUUUCAUUUUUUUACUAGUUCUAACCACCAUAAAAUAUAAUGUAUUUUUGGUCACAGUAAUUUUUCAUGUAUAUUGUCUUUUAUCUGUAUAUUGUUUACAAUAUGAAAGCAUCAGCGUUGCAGCUGCUGUUUGCUAUUUAUAUGGUGAGCUUUUCAUUUUGUCAUGCACCAGUGAAAAAGAGUGGAUCCUGAUAUUUUUGUUGCAGUAGAAAUCAGACUAAGACGGACAGCAUUGCCAUGGAUUGUAAUGGCACAACAUUUUAUCAUCAUGGAGCUCUGACAAUUUUUUUGCCAGUGUUUUUCCACAGACUGUCCUCACGCUCACACACAAUUACAUCAUUAAUUUGUGCUGCACAACUCAAUACAAUCCUUCUAGAACUAAUCUGUAUUUUAUAAUUGUUUUAAGGCAUUUUGUUACAAGAAAAAGUCCAAUCUGUAGCUCAUAUUGACUGCUGGUUAAGAGAGAUUUUUCUCUUUUCAUACCAAGACUUUGUUGUCUUCUUUCCAUGUCUCAUGAUCGAUGAACUUCACUUGUCAGAAACUAUGUUGGACUAUUUAUUAUGAGAAUUAGUGUUUUGGUUUGUUAUUUUUUUCCAAGUGAAAUGCAACAAAAAUCUUUGUACACACACAUCUACCAGCUGUGAGCAAAGUUAAAUCUCACAAAAAAUGUAGUUACUUUUGUCAAAGGGGAGACUGAUAGCCAUUAUUUAUUGCAAGAGGAGCAAAUUAAUCACUUUUUAAUGUUUCAUGUUCUGUGAGAAACUCCGACAAAAUGCAAAUCCAUAUGAUUCACAAAUUGCUGUCAAGUUAAUGUUUUAUUGAGCUUUAUUCAAUGGGUUCUAGAAAGUAUUCUGGCAUGGACACUGGUGAAAGGGAAAUAACACUGGGUUUCAUAACCACUCAGUGGAAACUGGCCAUGACUGACUUAGAUGACUGAAAAUAUGAUUAAGCCAUAUUUAUUGAGUAAUAGUUCAGAAGGACUUUUUUUGUGUAUCUAUGCGCCCCCUAAAGCUAAAAGAAUAAGUAGUUGUAGGAGAUUCCCCAUUAGGGAAACAAGUGUCCUUUUGAUCGCCAGAACUAUCUGAAUGUUUGGGCUGUGAAACAUGACAUGUUGAUGUGAUGUGUGAUUAAAAGUCACAUUGUGAGUGCCAAGAAUCUGAAUAUUUGUGAUGACUGAACUGAGUGUGUGGGUUCAGAGACAGUAAGGGACUGUUCUCAGUAAGUGGGAAGUAUCUUGCAUAGAUGUUUCUGGGUAGAAAGUCUUUAGAAAUACAAAAUACGUCUUAUUUCCAUGGGAGAACAUAAAUCUGCAUAUUUGCUGGUAUUUCUUGGUCUACUCUGUCUGCAGAAUAUGUUGUAUACAUACAAUAUGAAAGAAAAUGUCAUGCCAUUCAAGUUCUUAUUCAGACCGGACUGACAUGGCAAAGUCUGUAGUGACCCCCAGGGUCCCUAGAGGGGUGUUGUUUUGUUCAUUUAAAGCCAAACGUUGUUCCCUUGUGAAAUUUUAACCCCACUAGCCCCAACAUAAUAAAAAAAAUCUGGAUUUGCUUUUACUACUAGUUGUAACAGCCACAUCCUGUUUUUUAUGAGUUCUUACAUAAUCUUUUAUGUCUUGCUGCCAAGGAUUAUCAUUACAUUUGAGCAAUGAGAAACUUAGAGGGUUAUAUCAGGAGAAAUGUUUAUUAACAUUAACUUGGCAAUUAGCAGACAAGAGGCAGGGUACACCCUGGCCAGGAAGCCAGGCCAC